CUGGUAGUGCACUACCGUCUUCGCCCGAACACAACGUACUACGGUAUCGGGCCGGAAAGGUAGCUUGUAUACAUUCAUAAUGAGGGUACGUUGUAUUCGGGUGAAGACGGUAGGGCGUCUAGCCAAUCAUCGUCUUCCUAUGUUCAGUAGCCGGGAUGUCGUUGUCAUCAUGCGUUCUCCACGUAGCAUGUGCGGCACUUACACGAGCGCCACGUCAGCAGUUGCCUGUCACUAAUCCGACGUGGCAUUGUGAGCGCUUUUUUAUAGAACUGCUGUAAGUCAGCUGGAAUCACUCUACCCGUCGAUGUCCUAAAAAGUGGCACAUUGAGGCAGAGGACCAUCCGCGACAACAUUUUUGACCUCUUACUACUUCUACCAUCUCCUCUCUCUUAGCAUUCGAGUUUUCCUCCUCUCUCCCCCGCUCUCGUUCACUCUCUCUUUCUCUCUCUCUCUCUCCGUUUGCAGCUGGCCUGCUCUUGGGCUUAUUAGAUCAGAGGCGGGUCUUCGAUCUUGACGACAGACUAGAGCAUACUCAGACUUGAACUUUCCGUAUGAAUUUGGUCUGCAUCGCUGUUAGAUACACACCCUAAAGUUCUAGUGUAUGAGUAUAGCCCCUAGUCAACUAGUUGGUCAUCUCCGACUCGGUUUGCCGGUCGGUCCUCCCUGGCGCCCGGAUUCUUGCAUAUCCACUUAGGCUGCUGCUGCUGCUGCUGCUGCUACGUGAUCGACCGCAGCGCCGAUGUCAGCAGCGAGAGGCAGCGAGACGAAGCGAGACGAGAGUCUGACUAGGUUCUUAGCGCCGCGUAACCAUAGGUAGCACAUACAGACAGUGGAGACUCGAGGGAGAGAGAAGAGUUUUAUAUUCUCUCAAGCGUUUAUGUACGGGGAUCUUCUCACAUAUACCCUUAAGGAAGUGGGAAUCUGUCAAAUGUGCCCUUAAGGAAGACGUGUAUUGUAAAUGAGAACGCGCUUGAGAGAACAAAGGAAAGGGAGAAGACGGGUUGGGGUGAAGGUGGCGGUGCGGGUGGGGGAGGGGUUUAACUCGCUCUCGUGCGUGUGCGUGUCCCUUGAGGAGGAGGGAGUUAAUUGUUGGAAAAAGGGGUUCUGCAUCUCAGUCCGAAGCAGCGGCGCGCUGUGAGGCUGCUGCAGUAUACCUUUCAAACGUUUUACGGUGAUCGGUGACUCGUCUACGUGUCAGAACGCGCCCACGUGUCUGGAGCGCGCCCACGCGUUUGGAACGCGUCCAGGGGUGACGCGUUCACGUGUCUUCUGCGAAGCUUUGGCUUUUGUCGAACAGUCUGAAAACGUCAGCAGGUGUUUUCGGGUCGGGUUAUGGCGGCAGCAAGAACUGCAAAGAAAGUGUUGAGGAUGACGAAGGAGAAGAAGAUGAAGAGAUCGAUGACAAUGGCCACGGCUAUGGCAGUUGCAUUGAUGACAGUAUGGACAAUUCCAUCAGGGCCGAGCUGCGUGGUUGCUGCGCGCCUUCUGAACCCAUACACGAAGACGGUGACGGUUCUGAAGCCGCUCGAUAUCUGCGAUUUCUACUUUGACGGCUAUGAGUUCACGGUCCCCACAUUUGCGAUUCAACAAGCGGGCGACAUUACCUAUGGUCCGAUCUUCAAGACCAAGUGAGAUGCCGCCCCAACUCUAUCCCCUCCCUCCCCCUCCCCUCCCUCCGCCCUUCUUAUCCUCUCCCGCUUGCGGCCCCUCCUCCCUCAGCCUGUGUUUCCUCAAAAGAGGCGAAAGGACGGGACGAAACAGAGAAUACGAAGAGAGAGAGAGAGAGAGAGAGAGAGAGAGAGAGAGAGAGAGAGAGAGAGAGAGAGAGAGAGAGCAAUGCGCACGCAUGUUUUAAUUCUUACAAACUCGAUAUUCAUCGAUGAGA